AAAUAAAACAUCUAUCUAAUAAAUAAAAUGAAAGAAACAUAAAAUAUAUAAACGUAAAUACAGAAUUUAAAUAGAGAGAAGGAAAAUCUCUUAAAAAAGCUUGCUGAAGAAACCCAAAAGCUAACUUAGUAUAACACUGAAAAAUAAAAUUUAAAGAAUUAAAUUAGCACUAUAAACUGUCAACUAUCACAAGAAAAAAGCAAACUAAGCAACCUUACAUCUUAAUUAGAGACAGAAAAGAAAAAUCUAAAUUAAUAACUAACAACAGAGAAAGAUAAAGUUACAAAUUUAACAAAGUAACUUGAUGACUAAAAGAUAACACUAACAGAUUAAACUGACAAUUUUAAAUCUGAAUUGGCUCAACUAAAUGAGAAAUUAAGUAAUCUAAAAAAGGAUUCCGAAGACUAAAAAAAAAAUCUCACUGAGCAAAUUACUAACACAAAUAAUAACCUACUCAAGUUAGAAAUAGAGAAAGCCGUUAAGUUGACAAACGAGUUUGAAGGUGAAAAGAAAAAUCUAAACUAAACCCUGUAAACAGCUCAAAAAGAAUUAGAAGUUCUAACAUCUGAAAAAAAUACCAGAGUUGAGAAAAAUAAACAAACAGAAGAAUAAUAUGUUCAUUUAAUAAAUCAGUUGAAAAAUUCAAAUGAAGAAUUAAAUAAAUAAUUAUCAGAGAUGAAAUAAAAUCUACAAGAAAAAAAUGAGGAUUUAAAUUUAGCUAAUAAAAAACUAUCAGAAUAAGAAUAAGAGAUCUUAAAUCUAUAACUGCAAAAAGAAAAAAUCAUCAACUUUAUAAAAAAAAAAAAAUAGAUUUAUUUUAAUCUUUAAUAAUAAUUUCAUGAUGGAGAAAGCUAAAAUAAAAUGCUUUAAUCCACAUUAGAUGAUUCUUUAAGAUAAUAAAAUUAAUUUAAGCAAGAAAUCAUCCAAUUAUAAGAACAAAUUCAAGCACUCACUGAAGAAAACUAAAGAUUCUAGAAUCAACUUUAAGUAGUAUCUAGAGAAAUGCAAAGCAUCUAAAAAUUCCAAACUAUGUAUUGA